GGCGGCCCUCCUUUCUUCCUCGCGGCCUGAGCCAGGCUGUGUGUAUCUUGGUGGAGGUCGUGUACCAUCCUGCAGAUUCAAGGCAGUCAGCAUUACUGUCGUUAUACGUUGCUCUUCUUGACGAGCUUUGACCCCCGUUUGCCAACCCAUCUCCGCCAUCAUGGAGCCCGCACAACCCGACUGGGUCACCGCCGAACACUUGACCGGCACGACCAUCAUGGCAGUGGAGUUUGCUGACGGCGUGGUCAUUGGGGCCGACUCACGCACCACCACUGGCUCAUAUGUGGCCAACCGCGUAACGGACAAGCUGACCAAGAUCACGGACAACAUCUACUGCUGUCGGUCUGGCUCGGCGGCCGAUACGCAGGCCAUUGCAGAUAUUGUCAGGUACUACCUUGACCUGCACAGCAUGGAAAUGGACGAAGACCCCGAGGUCCACACGGCUGCCUCCGUCUUCCGCACCUUUUGCUACAACAACCGUGAAUCCCUGAUGGCUGGCAUCAUUUGCGCCGGCUGGGACAAGAAGAAGGGCGGACAGGUCUACUCGAUACCUCUGGGUGGUCUGCUUGUCCGUCAACCCUUCUCCAUUGGCGGCUCGGGCUCAACCUUUUUGUACGGUCACUGCGAUGCCUCGUACAAGGAGAACAUGACCAAGGAUGAGUGCCUCAAGUUUGUCCGAACAGCUUUGGCUUUGGCCAUGUCCCGCGACGGCUCCUCUGGUGGUGUUAUCCGCACUGCCGUCAUCACCGAAGCCGGCGUCGAACGCGAGGUGGUCCUCGGCAACGAGCUGCCAACCUUUUACGAGGGUUAA